UGUUUGACAUAUAAUGUAUUGAAACGUUUGAAUAGCAGUCAAACGACGAGUGGUUUUAACUUUGAGUUGACUUCAGAGCAGAAAUCAUUGCAAGAAUUGGCCCAAAAGUUCGCCAAAGAGGAGAUCAUCCCUCGGGCCGCACAUUACGACCAAACGGGUGACUUUCCCUGGGAUCUCGUCAAACAGGCCCAGGAGGUGGGCCUUCGAAAUUUGGGGGUCCCUUCACAGUACGGGGGCGCAGGACUGCCACUGUUUGAUACCUGUCUUAUAAGUGAGAGUCUGAACUAUGGGUGCACUGGGAUUCAGUCGGCCAUCAACUCGACGGGUUUGGCUCAGGCGCCGGUCAUACUGUUUGGUAAUGAAGACCAGAAAAGACAAUAUUUGGGACGAAUGACGGGUUCGGAAGCCUUAUGUGCGGCCUAUUGUACGACAGAACCGGGCGCUGGCAGUGAUGUCGCAUCCAUUACAUCAAAGGCCGUCCAGAAUAAAGACGGAGAUUAUGUUCUCAAUGGCCAGAAGAUGUGGAUCACUAACGGAGGGGUCGCCAACUGGUACUUUGUGUUGGCGCGCACUAAUCCGGACCCAAAAGCACCCCCGAGUAAGGCUUUCACGGGUUUGAUCGUUGAGGCGAACAGUGCGGGUGUAGUGCCCGGACGUAAGGAAGACAUGUUGGGUCAGAGAGCGUCCGACACGAGAGGAGCGAACAGUGCGGGUGUAGUGCCCGGACGUAAGGAAGACAUGUUGGGUCAGAGGGCGUCCGACACGAGAGGAGUGAGCUUUGAGAAUGUGGUCGUCCCUAAGGGUAAUGUUUUGGGCGAAGAGGGUAUGGGUUUCCGUAUAGCUAUGGGUGCGUUUGAUCUGACGAGAGCACCGGUCGGUUGUGGAGCCGUGGGUUUGGCUCAGCGGGCGUUUGAUGAGGCCGUCAAAUGGACUUUCGAGAGACACACGUUUGGUGUGCCUAUCCAUCAGCACCAGGCCAUCCAAUUCAUGUUAGCAGAUAUGGCCAUCGGUAUCGAGACAUCCCGUAUGGCAGUGCAGAGGGCCUGUUGGGACUACGACACCGGUAGGAGGAACACCUACUGGGCCUCUAUAGCGAAAUGUUGGGCGGGAGAUGUGGCCAAUAAAGCGGCUGCAGAUGCGGUACAGAUCUUCGGCGGCGCCGGUUUUAAUAAGGAGUAUCCGGUGGAGAAACUCUUGAGAGACGCCAAGAUAUACCAGAUCUAUGAGGGAACCGCUCAAAUCCAACGCAUUAUCAUUGCCCGCGAAUUGCUUUCUGAAGCCAAAAAGACUUUAUAA